AUUAUAUUUAGGUACACGCAAUAUGGGCAAGAAACUUUUAAUGUUCCGCAAGUUCAACCUCCUCCUCCUCCUCAAUUGACUAAAGGAGUUAAAGCAGCAGGUAUGAACCCAGCACCAGUAAAAACCGGUUUGGCUCAACCUCCGCAACCAGCGAAACGGGUUCAACCGGUAAAGCCUGUAAAACCAACGGAACCAAAGCUUGUACAACCAGCUAAACCAGCACAGCCUGUAAAACCACCUCAACCAGUAAAGCCUGUUGAACCCCCUCAACCAGUAAAGCCUGUUGAACCACCUCAACCAGUGCAGCCCGUUCAACCAGUGCAUCCAGCUCAACCAGUACAGCCUGUUGAACCACCUCAACCAGUACAGCCUGUGAAAAAACCUAAGCAUGCACCAAGACCGCCUUUGUCCCCGCAUCUUCCUCAUAGAAUGACAGUAUAUAAAAUGAGAGGAAACACAUAUAAUGGACAAGAUUUAGGGGAAUAUAAACCAAAUAUUGAAUAUGCCCAGCGUGGUACAACUCCUGGUAUUGUUUUUGGGGCUGAUAACAGGAUAUUGAAGAUUAUUCUACCAGAAGGAGCGGAGUACGUUCACCCGCAAACUGUCAUUGGUCAAGUGAACGAGCUAGUUGCAGUUUUGCAGGAGGGUGGGGGUAAAAAACACGGCAGUGGUCCCGAUUACCAGAUUCAACAGGUUAUGCUUCCUGGAUUAUUCGGUAUUGGAAAAGGAGGACCAAAGGAAGUAACAAUUAUGGGACCAAGAGAACAAAUAAUAAGAAUCAUGAGACAGAAAAGAUCUAAGGGUAUAACGCCAGGCAUUGUAACUUCAUCUGAUAAAACAAUACAAACCAUUAUACUUCCGAAAAAGAAUCCAGCAAAUCAAUAUUUCCAAGUUAAAGGACCUGAUGGCGAACUUGUAGAUAUAUUUCUCGGUGCAUCUGGAAGUACACCAAAGGUUAUAAGAGACAACUUAGGUCGAAUAAGUAAAGUAAUUCUUCCUGAAUUCACAGAACCUGGAACAAUAACAUUACAGCCACCUAACCUACAAACCAUACAUAUUUCUCCUGAGGAUAUAAAGAAUUUGUUUGGAUCUGAUAUCAGUGCUCAUCAGAUUCAGCAAGUUUUAAUGCAACGAACUGAAACGGGUCCGGGCCAACAGACAAUUUCAAUAGAUUCAGACAGCUCUGAUUCUUCAGCUCCUGAGCCAGUUGUACCUGCAGCAAAACCAGUUGAGCCCGUCCCUGAACCAGUAGAGCCUGCACCAGCUCCACUACCGGUGCCUCAACCAGCGAAGCCCUUACCAACACCAGAGCCCUCUAUCUCUGAAUCAAGCUCUGAAAGUUCUUCGAAAGAAACUUCGAUUAACAUCAUACAGGAGGGAGGUGGUAGCUCACCUGGCACUUCAAGUGGUCCUUCAAAUCAAAUUCAACAAAUUAUGUUAGAUUCUGGUUCAGGAUCUGAACCUGAAGCAGGGCACGAACAAACAAUUUCGAUAGGUUCAAAAAGUACUAGUUCUGUUCCUAAGCCCGUCGAAUCUACACCAAAGAACAAACAAAGCAUUUCAAUUCAUGGAAAAGACACCAAACCAUCUGGUAGUCAACCAGCUGAACCUACUCCAAUUCCAGCUCCUCUGCCCGUAGAAAAACCAGUUGAACCAGCACCUAAACCAGUAGAGCCCGCACCGACUCCAUCUCCUCUUCCUGUUGAACCAACACCGGCGUUAGAGCCAGUAAAGCCCUUACCAACACCAGAACCUGAACGGAGCAGUGAAAGUUCAACGAAACAAACUUCAAUCAACAUAAUGCAGGAGGGAGGAGGUAGCUCACCAGAUACUUCAAGUGGUCCUUCGAAUCAAAUCCAACAAAUUAUGUUAGAUUCUGGUUCAGGAUCUGAACCUGAAGCAACGCACGAACAAACAAUUUCGAUAGGUUCAAAAAGUACUAGUUCUGUUCCUAAGCCCGUCCAAUCUACACCAAAGAAUCCAAAGAAGAAACAAAGCAUUUCAAUUCAUGAAAAAGGCACCAAAUCUUCUGGUAGCAAACCAGUUGAACCUGCACCAAUUCCAUCUCCUCUACCAGCGGAAAAACCAGUUGAACCAGCACCUAAGCCAGUAGAGCCCGCACCGACUCCAUCUCCUCUUCCUGCUGAACCAUCACCGGCUCUAGAACCCGUAACGCCCUUACCAACACCAGAACCUGAACCGAGCAAUGAAAGUUCCACGAAACAAACUUCAAUCAACAUAAUGCAGGAAGGAGGAGGUAGCUCACCAGAUACUUCAAGUGGUCCUUCGAAUCAAAUUCAACAAGUUAUGUUGGAUUCUGGUUCAGGAUCUGAACCUGAAGCAACGCACGAACAAACAAUUUCGAUAGGUUCAAAAAGUACUAGUUCUGUUCCUAAGCCCGUCCAAUCUACACCAAAGAAUCCAAAGAAGAAACAAAGCAUUUCAAUUCAUGAAAAAGGCACCAAAUCUUCUGGUAGCAAACCAGUUGAACCUGCACCAAUUCCAGCUCCUCUACCAGCGGAAAAACCAGUUGAACCAGUACCUAAACCGAUAGAGCCCGCACCGACUCCAUCUCCUCUUCCUGUUGAACCAACACCAGCUCUAGAACCGGUAACGCCCUUACCAACACCAGAACCUGAACCGAGCAGUGAAAGUUCCACGAAACAAACUUCAAUUAACAUUAUGCAAGAAGGAGGAGGUAGCUCACCUGAUACUUCAAGUGGUCCUUCAAAUCAAAUUCAACAAGUUAUGUUAGAUUCUGGUUCAGGAUCUGAGCCUGAAGCAACGCAUGAGCAAACAAUUUCAAUAGGUUCGAAAACUACCUCUUCUGUUCCUCAGCCAAUUGAAUCCACACCAAAGAAGAAACAAAGCAUUUCAAUUCAUGAAAAAGAUACCGGUAGUCAACCAGUUGAACCUACACCAAUUCCAGCUCCAGAAAUUCCUCAACCUUUGACGCCAGUGCAGCCGGAAACCGUGUCCUACACUACUGGUGCGCUGGGUGGAGGAUUAAUACCACCUGUGAACCAAGGUUCCUUAUCCCCAGUUCCACAACCACUUGAACCCUCUCCGAUUCCUGAGCCAAUUCCAACUCCAGUACAACCACUUAUUGAGCCAGUUUCAUCGCCAGAAGAUUCCUCAAGUUCUUCUGAAGAAGGUUCCAUUAACAUUGUCCAAGAUGGUGGGGGAAGCGACCGAGAUGAUUCUAGUUCUCCCACAAACCAAAUCCAGCAAAUAAUGAUGUCUGAUUCGGAACCAGGGCAGUCUAAAAAUCAAAUAAUAAGUAUUGAUGAUCAAACGGCUACACCCACUAAUAAUUUAAUCAAAGAGUCACCUUUACCUGAACAAGAUAUUACACCAGUUCCUGAACCAGUCCCUGAGCCAUUACCAAAACCUCACCAUCAUCACCACCACCACCACCAUCACCACAAAAGGCAUGGUAUAAACAUUGUACAGAGAGGAGGUGGUCACAAACAUCGUAAUUCCAGAACACAAAUCCAACAAGUUAUGUUGCCUGGUGACUCAGAUUCAGAAUCUGACAUAGAUUAUGAAAAACCGCGCCAACAGAUAAUAUCGUUGCACAUGGGUAAAGGGCCACAAACAGCACCAAUCCCAGAUAUUCAACAAAUUGGACCUACACCUGCUCCAAUUCCAUCUCUAGCACCAGUUGAACCAACACCUGCUCCUGCUCCUCUACCAGUUAUAUCUGCACCUAACGUAGAAGAACCCAUAGAAGCUCCAGCUGUAGAACCAAUUGAACCUAUACCGACUCCAGAACCUAUUGAGCCAGAGGUGCCAGUAUCAACUCCACAACCAAGUAAGGAAAGUUCUACAAAAGAUACAUCAAUUAACAUAAUGCAGAAGGGAGGAAGUAGUUCACCUGGACCUUCCAGUGCUCCAAAAAAUCAAAUUCAACAGAUCAUGUUGUCUGAAGACUCUAAACCUUCUAAAGAAGAGUCUAAACCAGAGAAACCAAAGGAGCCUGAACAAGUGGUUAAACCAGCAGAGCCUUUACCUGAAUUAUCACCUGAACCUACGGAAAAAGAAAAGAAGUCGUCCAAGAAAACUUCAAUCAAUAUAAUGCAGGAAGGUACUGAUGAUAAGCCUGGUGAAAAAGCACCUAAAAAUCAAAUUCAACAGGUUAUGCAGACUGAAGAUUCUAAAUCCAAACCUUCGGAACAAAAAAUAGACAUUUCAUCAGAUUCCACACCAGAUUCUCCAGUUCCCGAGUCAACGCCAGUCCCAGCUCCAGAACUAGAGCCAAUUCCUACUCCACAGCCAGAACCACUUCCUGCUCCACAGCCAGAACCACUUCCUGCUCCACAGCCAGAACCAUUGCCUUCGCUACAACCAGAACCUAUUGAGCCAGAGGUGCCAGUAUCAACUCCACAACCAAGUAAAGAAAGUUCUACAAAAGACACAUCAAUUAACAUAAUGCAGAAGGGAGGAAGUAGUUCACCUGGACCUUCCAGUGCUCCAAAAAAUCAAAUUCAACAGAUCAUGUUGUCUGAAGACUCUAAACCUUCUAAAGAAGAGUCUAAACCAGAGAAACCGAAGGAGCCUGAUCAAAUUGUUAAACCAGCUGAGCCCGUGCCAGAAUUAUCACCAGAACCUAAGAAAAAAGAAAAGAAACCGUCUAAGAAAACUUCCAUCAAUAUUAUGCAGAAAGGAUCUGAUGAUAAGCCUGGUGAAAAAGCACCUAAAAAUCAAAUUCAACAGGUUAUGCAGACUGAAGAUUCUAAAUCCAAACCUUCGGAACAAAAAAUAGACAUUUCAUCAGAUUCCACACCAGAUUCUCCAGUUCCUGAGCCAACGCCAGUCCCAGUUCCAGAACUAGAGCCACUUCCCGCUCCACAGCCAGAGCCACUUCCCGCUCCACAGCCAGAACCACUUCCUGUUCCACAGCCAGAGCCUCUUCCUGCUCCUCAGCCAGAACCGCUUCCAGCUCCAAAACCCUUGGAGUCGUCUCCCGAAAGCAAAAAAACAACUGAAGAAAAAUCUAUUAAUAUAGUGCAGGAAGGGACUGGCAGCCAACCGGGAGGUAAAGCACCGAAAAAUCAAAUUCAGCAAAUAAUGGUGUCAUCAAGUUCCAAACCUUCCAAGGAAGUAAAAUCUAAGUCAGAACAACCUUCAGAACCAAUUCCGCUUCCGCAACCUGCUAUUCCAUCAAUCGCACCCGAGCCAGCUCAAGUAGAACCCAUUCCAACUCCGAAACUUGACGAACCGCCUCCAAAAGACAAAACAUCAUCGAAGAAAACUUCUAUUAAUAUAAUGCAAGAAAGAACUGGUAGCAAACCGGGUGAUAAAGCACCUAAAAACCAAAUUCAACAGGUAAUGAUAUCAUCAGAUUCAAAACCAGCUAAGGAUGCAGAACCAACUCCGCUUCCCCAACCUGCUGCACCACAGCCAGUUGAACAAGUUCCUGAACCCGCACUUACUACUGGAGUAAAAGCAACUGGAUUAGUACCACCUACACAAGAAGGGUCAGCUGCACCACCUCCACUUCGGUCUGGAGAUCGAUUAAUUGCACCCGAUGAGGAAUCAUAUACUCGAUUCCGGUAUCCCCAAAGGCAUAUGGGAUAUCAGAUAGAGCCUCAGAUGGAAUAUCUUCCUGUGCAAAUAUCCCCUGGAUACGAGAAUAUGGGAUAUAGUCCUUAUCAAGGUUUAGGACUUUCUCAAAUCGAAAAUGUCUUCAAUGCUAUUUUACGAGAUAGUAAAUCAACCAUACCGUCAAUAAUUAGAAUACUUUUGAAAGCGAAGGGUACUGCUCCCCAGACAAUUGAUUUAAGGGUCAUAGUGAAUGAGCUGCAAUCCAUUUUCUCUGAUUUGCAAAUGGAUCAUUUCUAUCUCAGCCGACCUGAGCUGUUCAUGGAACUUAUAAUGCAAACUUUGAUAUCUGCCUUUGAAAUAAUUAGAGUUGCUGACUACCAAUGUAUAAGAAAUCCCCCAGCAUUAGGAAAUACUUUCAAAUAUAUCAAUGCGUUCAAUGACAUAUUGUUUUGAUCAACCUAUUUCAGAAGAAGCAAAUAAAAGACAAUGUGAGAGUAAAGAACCAAUAGUAAAAGAAAACAAUUAAACAUCAAUUUCCUUAUGCUAAAGUAUGCUUUGGUCAGUUAUUCUACAGUUUUUAGGUUCUGAUGACCAUCCCCUCAUUAUAAUAUUCUCUUCUACGAAAUAGUAUUGCUUGCAGGCUACAAUGAUUCAAAUUCGAUUAUUUCUUUUACGCAAUAGUAUUGUUGGUAUGCUGUAAUUAUUUAAAUUCAGUUAGAUCUUUGUGUAAGAUUAAUUGAAAAUGAUAAAAUAAAUGUUUUAUUUAAA